AAAAAUUAUUCAAUAUAAAAAUGUAAACAAUUAAACGUGAGUAUUUUUUUUUAAUUUAAAAUUUUUCACGAUAUUUAAUUAAAAUUAAGCUUAAUUAAACAUAAUGGUUCGUAAAAAAAUUGACAAUCGAAUCAGAACACUGAUUGAAAAUGGCGUAAUAAGUGGCCAUCGUACUAUGUUUGUAAUUGUUGGAGAUAAAGGCAGAGAUCAGGUUGUUAUAUUGCAUCAUAUGUUGUCUAAAGCAGCUGUUAAAGCUAGACCUAAUGUAUUAUGGUGCUAUAAAAAAGAAUUGGGCUUUAGUAGUCACCGCAAAAAACGUAUGAAGACUAUACAACACAAAGUUAAAGCUGGAAAAUUAAAUGUAAAUCAAGAUGAUCCUUUUGAAUUAUUUGUAGCAUCUACAAAUAUUAGAUAUUGUUAUUAUUCUGAAACCCAUAAAAUAUUAGGAAAUACAUAUGGAAUGUGUGUUCUACAAGAUUUUGAAGCUUUAACACCAAAUUUGUUAGCACGAACCAUUGAAACAGUUGAAGGAGGUGGCUUAAUAGUUUUCUUAUUGAGAUCUCUUAAAUCUCUAAAACAACUCUACACAUUAACUAUGGAUGUUCAUGAAAGAUUUCGUACAGAAGCACAUCAAGAUGUUGUUGCUAGGUUUAAUGAAAGAUUUUUGUUGUCCUUGGUAUCAUCUGAAAGAUGUUUAGUAGUUGAUGAUCAGUUAACAGUACUUCCAAUUUCUUCUAAAGUUCUUGAUUUAGUUCCAGCAGAAAAAAUUACGGAACCAACCUGUAAUGAUCAAGAAUUAGCUUCUCUUAAAGAAAAUAUGAAAGACACUCAACCUGUAGGAUGCUUAGUAAAUUGCUGUAAAACUGUUGAUCAGGCUAAAGCAUUGUUAACUUUUAUUGAAGCAAUAUCUGAGAAAACACUUAGAUCAACUGUAUCUCUGACUGCUUCUCGAGGUAGAGGAAAAUCAGCUGCAUUGGGAAUAGCUGUUGCUGCUGCUGUUGCGUUUGGUUAUUCCAAUAUAUUUGUUACAUCCCCUUCACCUGAAAAUUUAAAAACUUUUUUUGAGUUUGUUUUUACAGGUUUUGAUGCCCUUGGUUAUCAAGAGCAUUUAGAUUAUGGAAUCGUUAGAUCAACUAACCCAGAAGAUAAUAAAGCGUUAGUUAGAGUUAAUGUAUUUAGAGACCAUCGGCAAACUAUUCAGUACUUAGUUCCUACAGAUUCUAACAAAUUAAGUCAAGCCGAGCUAGUAGUAAUCGAUGAAGCUGCAGCCAUACCACUUCCGUUGGUAAAAUCAAUGCUUGGCCCAUAUUUAGUAUUUUUAGCAUCUACAAUUAACGGUUAUGAAGGAACCGGAAGAUCAUUAUCUUUGAAACUUUUACAACAACUGAGGUCACAAGCUACUCCUAUUGGCAAUAAUACUACUAGUGAUAAAACUGGUCAAAAUGCUAUUACUGGGCGAUUUUUAAAAGAAGUAACUCUUGAAGAAUCUAUACGUUACAAACCGGGCGAUGACAUUGAAAAAUGGAUCACAAAUGUCUUAUGUCUCGAUGCAACAAAUACUGCUCCAUUACUUUCUGGUUGCCCACCACCCGACACUUGUGAAUUAUACUACAUAAAUAGAGAUACCUUAUUUUGUUACCAUAAAGCUUCUGAAGCUUUCUUACAACGUAUUGUAUCAUUAUACGUUGCCUCCCACUACAAAAAUAGUCCUAAUGAUCUCCAAAUGAUGUCUGAUGCUCCUGCACAUCAUUUAUUUUGUCUUCUUGGACCUGUCAAUCCUGAUAUGAAAAAUUUACCCGAAGUUCUUUGUGUUAUACAAGUAUGUCUUGAAGGCGAAGUAUCACAAACAUCAGCAACAGAAGCAUUAAAACGUGGUAAAAGAGCUGCUGGUGAUUUAAUACCCUGGACUAUAUCUGGAUGUUUUCAAGAUGAACAAUUCCCUUCUUUAGCUGGAGCUCGUAUUGUUCGUAUUGCAACUCAUCCUGAUUAUCAAAGUAUGGGUUAUGGCUCAAGAGCUUUAACUUUAUUGAAAAUGUAUUAUGAGUUUUUAAUACCGAGUAUAGAUGAAAAGCAUCUUCCUAAAGAAAACAUAGAGUCUAUUCAAGAAGAAGAAGUAGAUUUACUUGAAGAAAGAAUAGAACCACGAAACAAUUUGCCACCUUUACUGUUGAAAUUAAGUGAAAGACCUCCAGAACAUCUUGAUUACAUUGGAGUAUCAUUUGGCAUAACUGGUCCUCUGCUAAAAUUUUGGAAAAAAGCUGGAUUUAUUCCCUUGUACAUAAGGCAAACAAACAAUGAAUUAACUGGAGAACAUUCGUGUAUUAUGAUUUCUACACUUAAUUCUUCUGAUUCGCUGAAAAAUCAAAAUUGGCUUCUUCAGUUUUGGAAAGAUUUUAGGCGACGUUUCAUAUCACUUCUUGGCUAUCAAUUUCGGAAAUUCUCCCCACAACUAGCUCUUGGUAUUUUACACAACACUAAUAUAGAAUUACCUUCAAAAAAUCAAAUGUUGAACAAAUUAGAACUCGAUGUUCAUUUGACAGCAUAUGAUAUUUUACGAUUAGAAAAGUAUUGUAAUAACAUGGCAGAUUAUCAUUUAAUAAUGGAUCUGUUACCAUCUCUAUCAAAAUUAUAUUUCCAAAACAAAUUUGGCGACACACAUUUUUCUGCUGUUCAAAAAGCAUUAUUGCUAGGCUUAGGCCUUCAAUAUAAAACUAUAGAAGAGUUAGCAAUUCAAUUCGAUCUAGUACCCGCACAAUUAUUAGGAUUGUAUAACCGUAUGAUGCGGCGUCUGUUGCAAAUUAUAAAUGGAAUUAUGGAACAAAAUGUUAACAGCGAAAUGCCUAUAUUGCAACCAAUAGCUGAUAAUGAAUUAAGGCCUCUUGCCAAACCGUUAGAUGAGGAAUUGGAACAAGCUGCCAAGGUUUUGAAAAAAAAACAACGUGCAGAGUUAGAAAAAUUAAAACAAGAAAACCUUAGUAGAUAUGCUAUUAAAGGAACAGAAGAUGAAUGGGGAAAGGCAUUGGGAAAAACUGGUAAAACUAAAAGUAUCAUUAGUAUUAAAAGCGGAGAAAAAAGAAUAGCAGAUCAACCAACUAAUGAUGCUGAAGAUGAAAUGGAACCCAAAAGAAAAAAAACUAAGAAGAAGUUUAGGAAAAAUUAGUUUUUAACAAAUUAUUUUUAUGUGAACAGACAAAUUAUUUAAAUAAAAUUUUUUUUAUGCAUAAAAAAAUUUUAUUUUAUUUAAAAUAAAAGGAGUAGUUUCAUCUUGUUCUUUAA